UUGCACUUUCCCCCUCUUUUUUUUGCAAUAUAUCUAUUUUGCAGUUGCUUUUCAAAACUCAUCUCCUCUCUUCAUCAGAAAUGGCUGAAGAUCAUCCUCUCUCUAUGGUGACUUGCACAGCCCCAAUCAACAUUGCUGUCAUUAAAUAUUGGGGAAAACGGGACGAAAAACUCAUCCUGCCCAUUAAUUCUUCCCUCAGCGUCACGCUGCACCAAGAUCAGCUCAAAACAACCACAACGGCGGCCAUCAGCCGGGAUUUCACUGAGGAUCGCCUUUGGCUCAAUGGCAAGGAAAGCGAUAUUGGGCACCCGCGUCUCCAGUCCUGCCUCCGGGAGAUUCGCCGGCUGGCAAGGAAGCGCCGCAGUGGGGACAACAAGGGCACCGGCGGCGGAGAGUCUUCCCCGCUCAGCCUGACCUACAAGGUCCACAUUGCUUCAGAGAACAACUUCCCUACCGCGGCCGGGCUGGCGUCUUCAGCUGCUGGGUAUGCCUGUUUGGUCUAUACCUUGGCCAAGCUGUAUGGUGUGGAGGGCGACCUCUCCGAAGUGGCCCGCAUGGGCUCCGGAAGCGCCUGCCGCAGCAUGUUUGGGGGCUUCGUCCAGUGGAUAAUGGGAGAAGAUGCCGAUGGCAAGGACAGCAUCGCCGAGCAGGUGGCACCGGAGACACAUUGGCCGGAGAUGCGGAUCUUGAUCUUGGUGGUGAGUGCGGAGAAGAAGCCAAUUGGCAGCACAGCCGGGAUGCAGACCAGCGUUGAAACGAGUCAUCUUUUGAAGCAUCGGGCCGAGAAGCUGGUUCCAGAAUACAUGGUGCAAAUGAUGCGGCACAUCCAGCGACGGGACUUUGAGGCUUUCGGGGAGCUGACCAUGAAGGACAGCAACCAGUUCCACGCCACGUGCUUGGACACCUUCCCGCCCAUCUUCUACCUCAACGACGUCUCCAAGCAGGUGGUGCGCCUGGUGCACCGCUUCAAUGACCACUAUGGCAAAACCAAGGUCGGGAUACCACUGCUUCUGUGUCCAUUCAGGUUCCUGAAAGGCCUUCCAGUGGAGGCAGUGACGCCGCCUGAAGAAUUGCUCUCAGCCGUUGUGAAGGAUCCAGCACCAGGCGCCAUCCAGUAUCUGUUGCUCACCAAGCCUGGACCUGGGCCGGCAGUGGUGGAUGAUGGAAGCUGUCAUCUCUUGGGGCUGGAUGGACAGCCGCGAAACAGCAGUGGCUGAAUCAAUGGCGGACUUGGGUUGCCCUUGGUGCCACUUGUGAAUGAGACAAAUAAGGGAAAAGCUGCCUUUUUGUGGGAAAUUACUGACAUAAUGGAUAUUGGACAUUAUAUGUUGAUCGUGUGGACUUUCAGAUCAUGUUCAACUCUUAACUCCUAACAGACCAAAUCAGGAGAGACGAAGAAUGCUGGAUGUUAUAGUCAAACAAUAUCUGGAGGGAAGGAAAUGGCAAAGUCCUUCUGAACAAACCUUGCUGAGAAAGCCAAAUGAUAAGGUCUUGAUUCCCAUUUCUUUUAACUUGUGAUUCAUCCUUAUACGAGGGGCAUUGAUGAAAGAUUUCCCCUGACCCACUUCCUGUGGACUGAGAGCAAUGAAACUUGGCCCAGUUCUGAGUCCUUCUCUCGAUGGGUGCCACCUCAGGACACACACUUCUUUCAUCUUUUGAAGCAACUUUCAACACCUUGCUUGUAGAAGUUGAUAGGUAAAGGUAAAGGUUUUCCUCUGACAUUAAGUCCAGUCAUGUCUGACUCUGGGGAUUGGUGCUCAUCUCCAUUUCUAAGCCAAAGAGCUGGCAUUGUCCGUAGACACUUCCAAGGUCAAAUGGACGGCAUGACUGCAAGGAGCGCCAUUACCUUUCUACUGGAGCGGUACCUAUUGAUUUACUCACAUUUGCAUGUUUUUGAACUGCUGGGUUGGCAGAAGCUGGGGCUAACGCCACUCCCCGGAUUUGAACCUGCAACCUUUCAGUCGACAAGUUCAGCAGCUCAAUGCUUUAACCCACUGCGCCACCGGGGGCUCCUCGUAGAAGUUGAUAGGUUGCUCCAAAAACCAUGUUAUGACUUCGGAAAUCAGGGUCUCAUCACCUGAGAAAUGCUUGCCCUUCAAAAAUAACUUCCUUGUUGGGAAGAGGUGGAAGUCCGAUGGUGUGAGGUCGGGUGAAGAAGGGGGAUGCAAGAGAAUGUCAAAGCUAGAGGAGAGCAUGCUUCUUCCAUUUGGGCAACAAGUGAAUUGUGAAUGGGUGCAUUGUCUUGCAGAAGGUGGACACCUUUGAGGAGCAUGCCACAUUCCCUUUGGUUUGGAUGGCCUCCCGCAAUGAAGCCUAGUCUGCCCCAGUGAUCCAGGUCCCCUUUGCUAGGAAAUCCACCCAUACUACUCUGUGCUGGUCCCAAAAUACUGUGAGCAUGACCUUGCCUGGUGAGAGUUGGGCACGUGCCUUCUUUGGAGGCAGGGAGUCAGGAUGCUUCCAUUGCAUUGACUGGACUUUAGUCUCAGGAUCAGAGUGAUGGACCCAGCUUUCACCUUGUGUGAUCAGUCUGUUGAAAAAGUCCUUCUGGUUUCCAUGGCACAUCAUUGACAAUAGACACAGUGAGCAAUCGGCUCAUUCCUACAUCUGGAAAGGUGUGAGCAGCCGGGAAGCAGCGAGCGGAUCCUUUAUGCAUGGGAAGAUGGUCUUGGAUGAUUUUUUUCCACAGACCCCACACUCAUCUUGACAUUUUGAGCUAUGUGGUGAAUGGUUAUGUGGUGAUUUUCCAAAAUGGUGACCUCCACUUGCUGGAGAGU